AUGAUUGUAAACAAGGUCAGUCACUGUUGCAAAACCCAGAAAGAGACAGCGGAUGAUGUCAUCAUGGAAAAUAGCAAUAGUGAUGAAGAGGCUUACUGGGAGGAGAUUGGGGAAGGGGAUCUCGAGGGAUUCAUCAUGAUAAGAAGCACGAAUCAGUGUUCAAAUACCUUGCAAAGUCUACUCGGGAUGUUCCUACAAUCGAUGCACACACUGCAAAAAGUUAUUGAAACACUGGAACAGAUCUGUAUAUCAGUUAUUCAUGCUGCGACACAAUCAUUAGCAGUGCAAACCCACCAACACCUCCGGUCACUCGGACAGUCACUUCUCACGACAUAUGCCUAUGAAAACUUUGAUGUAGACCUGAAAACCCAUGAGCACAAGAUUGAAAAUUCAAUGGAAUCUCUCAAGCAUCUAACAUCAGGUCUGAUGUUCCCACUGCAGCAUGACAUCUCCAAGGAAGAACUUAGGUGUUCUGAAGAGUUGUGGAAGAUGUCGCCGUUUAAUACCCGAGCAGAACCGCCACCAAAGAAGGGAUGGGCAGAUCUGCUUGUUCUUCAUGUGAACACACCCGGUGACUCAGGUCUUGGCUGCCACGAUAGAUUUAAUUCAUGGAAGUUUCUCUUGGACCUCGUCUCAUACUGCCCUCCAUACUUUUCUCAAUUCUGCGACAAACUUCACGAACCCAAGGCUAUUGAAGCCAUCCCUAUCACCAAAAUGCCAAUUAUUGCUACAUCUGCAAUGGAUAUCAGUAAUUCUACUGUCAUAGGGAAUAUACAAAGCAUUGUCAACCUGCUAGAGCAGGGCGGAAUCAGAGAUCCUGCAGUCAUUGAUGAUCCCGACAUGCCUGACAUCUCAGAGUAUGUGGUUCUCUUCCACGGUGACCUUGAAACAGGAGAAUGUCUUCAAUCUGCAUGUUAG